AUGGGAAGGGGAAAAUUCAAGGCCAAGCCCACUGGUCGCCGCAACUUUUCUAGCCAUGAAGACAUGGUUGCUGGCACCUCCACCCGUCCUAGGACUUUUAGACAGAAAGAAGCUGAGAAUGAAGAGGAGCCAUCUAAAGAAGUUUCCGAGGACGAGUCUGAAGAAGAAUCUGAAGAUGAAAAUACUAAGGCAAAGGGUGUUCAAGGCGUUAUUGAGAUUGAAAAUCCUAACUUGGUAAAGCCCAAGAACAUUAAGGCUAGAGACAUUGAUAUUGGGAAAACCAGUGAGCUUUCAAGGCGUGAAAGAGAGGAGAUAGAGAAACAGAGAGCUCAUGAGCGCUACAUGAAACUUCAAGAGCAAGGAAAAACAGAACAAUCCAGGAAAGAUCUAGAUCGUUUAGCUCUGAUACGCCAAGAAAGAGCUGAAGCUGCUAAAAAGCGAGAAGAAGAGAGGUUGGCCAAAGAACAAAAGAAGACCGAAGCUCGCAAGUAA